AUGGUAAUAUUGAUAACGUUAGAACCGUAAAAGAAAGGCAUCCAAAAAUUCGGCAUUGGAAAUGGCGGGAAAGAGUGAGCAGUGAAGGAGGGAAAAUCUUUGAUCUUCCCUUUUUCAUUCUCCGCCGUCUUCCGAUCUCAUCCGUCGGAGUACCAAAUCUCGCACUUCAUCACAAAUGGCUGAAAUCGAAACCCUAGGAAUUCUCCAAGACGUUGAAUCCCUCGUCGCCGAUAAGCUUCAAGUGGUUUCAUACAAGUGGCUAAGUCGAAGUUAUUUGAUAUCUUCAGAUACUGCAAAGAGGUUGCUUCAAGAAUUUGUUGAAAAACAUGAAAGUGGAUUACAAGUGGUCUAUGCCUUGUCCGGAUGGUUGAAGAAUGAUCCUCCAAGUUACCAUAUCAAGCUUGUUUCUGGCUCAAAACUUCCUGAAGCAAAGCAAGAUUUUGAUGGUACCUGCUCUAUUCAAGUUUAUAGUGUUCAAGCUUCCAUUCCAAAGGAUCCAGCUGCACUCUGGAAUGCUGAAUUUGUUCAGGCAGAAGAGCUCUUCAAGCAGCCCUUCAAUGUUGACAAUUGUUUGCGAGAUAACAGGUUCUGUGGGAUUUCCAAUUCCUACGUCAAACGCAGUGUUGAUGAGAUACCUGCAAGCGUUACAGCUCCUCAACCAAGAAGUGGAGUGGAUGCAGAAUCAACCAAAAAGAAGACAACUUGUCAUAAUACUACCGUUCCACAACCUCAAAAAAGUGAAAUGCAAAAAGUUAGUCCUGAUGUUGGUCUACAAGGUCCCACUGUUGUCAAAGAAGUCAAAAGUGAAGGAAACCAUACAGAUCAUCAGGCCUCCAAGCCUACGGCGGUCAAAGAAAAAGUUGCUUCCUUACCUGCUAAUAAGAAGAAAGGUCAAGGUGAUAAAACCUCUUCCAGUACUGGAGGCUCGCUAGCAAAUUUAUGGGGACGUGUCCCUACCAAGUCUAAGCUCAGUGAAGACCAUGCAGAUGCAAAUCGUGCCACUGCAGCAAACCCUACUGUAUCUAGUGCAGAGGCACAGAUUUGUGCACAUGAAGCACUCCAGAUUGACAACAGUGACGAUGAUGAUCAAGAUGUAAAUAUCAAGAGAAGUUCCAAUGAAAGCGGAAGAAAAAGGAGGGUUGUUUUUGAUUUCUCAGAUGAUGAAGAUUUUGAAGAUGCAGUCAGUUUGGCAUCACCUGAAAAUCCAGAGGAUAAAUCAUGUCUAGAUCUGAAGCAAAACACAGAACUGAAUAAAGAGAAAGUUCAUUUGAACAAUGAUGAACUGAAUGGUAAACUGAAAAUCAAGGAGGAAAAGACGAGUGAAUUCAAGAAAUCCUCAGUAGAAGAAAAACAACACAAUUCCUCUGCUGAGAAAAAUGAACCUUGUGCCCAUGAAAAUGACUCUAAUAAGAGAGAGAAACCGAUGGAUGCUGCUCCUGCUUCACCUAAGAGGAGAAAAGUAUUGAGGACAAGAAUUGAUGAGCGAGGGAGAGAAGUAAAUGAGGUAGUUUGGGAGGGUGAAGAGCAGAAACAGGAGAAUGAUGAUGUCUCUUCAACAAAGAUAUCUGAUCAUAAAGCAGCAGAGACUACUACGAACAGGCCUCCGGCGGCUAAGAAGUCACCAGCCUUGGGCAAUAGUGGUGCAAAUCCAGCGGUGAAAGCAGGAGCAAAAAAAGGUGGAAAUGCGGCUGGUCCCAAACAGGGAAAUAUUCUUUCUUUUUUCAAGAGGGUUUGAAGAAGUACCGAUGGAGCAACUUUGUACAUGAAAAGCAUUGUAAUCUUUAUGAUCUACUUUUGACUUUUGACUAAAAAGAUCUUUUGAUAUGUGGCUGGAACGGUUGGAAUGGAAAGAACAGGUUGUUGAUAAAUGCAAAGCUAGGAGUUGAUGUUGGUUUCUCAUGAAUCUUUGAAGUAACUAUCAGACACCAUUGCAGCUUAAUUAUGAAAAAA